AUGGCUGCCAUCGCUUCUCAAAUGAGCCAAGAGCAGAUUACAAGAGACGAUGCAUUGAAGUUGUAUACAAGUGCUCUCAAUUUUAAUGUGAUUAGUCGCUAUGAUCCUGCAAUUAUUCAAUUAGUGUGUCACACAUCACAUUGUGUGCUCUACAAAUUCAACGAGGAGUCAGAAGAGUGGAUCAAGACUGAUUAUCAAGGUGCUUUAGCGUUGUAUGAGAGAAGCACUAGUAGUGAUUCAGAGCAAGAAUUAUCUUCCGAUUCCCAACUACAGCAGGCAUUCAAGUAUGGUAUCAUUAUAUUAAACCGUUCAAAUCCUGAAUGCUUUUCAUUGGGCAUUCUACCCGGUUCAGAGAUGGAAGUUGAACUCAACGACAAUUUGAUAAUUAUUCGAAGUCUUUCGGGGGAAAUUUACGGCUUGUGGCUAUUUAGCGAGGAGGAGAGAGAAUCAUUGUUCAAGACGAUACAAUACUUAGUUUGA